ACAUUUAACAUUUAACAUUUACAUUUAGACUUUUGCACAUUUAACUAAAUGUGAGAAAACAUGUUGUGUCAUUUAGUUAAAUGUGAGAAAACUAGUUAUAGGUGCUCCUUUUACAUUUGGCACCCCAUAACUGGAGAUCACUGGCACAAUCUACAGACAAGGGACAGGCUGAUAACGGCGGUCAGACAAGCACGGGUUGGUAACAGAGAGGCAGGAAUACGGUACCGGAGGAUCAGGCAGUUCGGCGUCAGUGGACAGGUGAUGGUCAGUAACAUGCAGGCUCGGUGACAGGACAGACAAGGGCUAGGCCAUGUUGGCGUCAGUUAAACAAGCAGUAGUCAUCAACGAACAGGCUCGGCAACGGUACAGACAAGGACAAGGCAAAGACUAGGUCGGGCUCGGAAACAGAACUGGUAUCAGGCUAGGAAUCAAACGAAUGCUGGAAUGCGGAAAAAAUCACGACAAUCUGGCAGAGGAUACAGGUGAGUACUGGUGGUUAAAUACUGGCGUGAUUGUUAAUGACAGACAGGUGGAGUGAUAUGGACUGGAAGUAAGAAACUGGCAGCAACAUUAACUAAAUAAAAGCUGAAGAUAGGAUGAUAAUAUGGGACUAUGGGGCGCACACAUUCUUUGCGCAGAAGAAUUAAUUUUUUAGUUUUAAUUAAAAAUAAAAAUUAAUUUGUGAGUUUUCCACACAGGGGUAAGGUAUCAGUCUUUAAAAUUAGCAGUGGGACAAACCACAUGGUGAAAAAAACCCAAAAACCAAAGCGAACCCAAAACCAACACAAACAAAGCAGCAGUGGCGUCUGAAAGAAAUAAAAAAAAAACAGUUAAAUUAUAGAGCCACACAUCAUAAUAAUGCUGCUAAUUACAAAGCAAAACAACCAAACAAAUACCAGAUUGCGCUCUCUCCGGUCUGCUCCACUACCUCUGCAGACACGCCAGCUGAUGGCUGCACCUGUGCAUAAACACACUGUAAAUCUAACCUGUCUGCCCUCCCACUACUCCUCGGGUGGCGUGACAUUAACAAACCUGGAGUCCCUCGUGACAUCCUGUGGGGGGUGCUCCUGGAGUAUGGAGUCCAGGGCUCUUUGCUAAGGGCUGUUCGGUCUCUGUACAACCGGAGCAGGAGCUUGGUUCGCAUUGGCAGCAAUAAGUCAGACCUGUUCCCAGUGCAUGUUGGACUUCGGCAGGGCUGCCCUUUGUCACCGGUUCUAUUCAUUAUUUUUAUGGACAGAAUUUCUAGGCGUAGCCAGGGGCCGGAGGGGGUCUGGUUUGGGGACCACAGGAUAGCGUCUCUGCUUUUUGCAGAUGAUGUUGUCCUGUUGGCUUCAUCAGGCCAGGACCUCCAGCGUGCGCUGGUGCGGUUUGCAGCUGAAUGUGAAGCGGCUGGGAUGAGAAUCAGUUCCUCCAAAUCUGAGGCCAUGGUUCUCGACCAGAAAAAGGUGGUUUGCUCUCUCCAGGUUGGAGGAGAGCUCAGCAGCUGCAAGCUGUGAAUUAUUCCUUUCUCUGUUUAAAACACCUCCUCGACUGGACAUUGGACACUUUUUCAUUGUCACGUGACUGUGUUGGUCUGUUUCCUAAAAUGACGUAAUCUCCUCAGAGAGCUUCACAGCAGAAGAGGGAGCAACGUAAAGUGAGGGGACGUUUACAGAAGCCCCGCCGACUCACUAACUCAUUAACAGGAUGUCUGCAGCAGGAGAAGCCCAAAGUCUGGAGUUCAGCCUGGCGCAGGAGCAGGACUUCCAGCAGGUCCUGAACAUCUGCACCAGCCUGGACUUUGGUGGCUUAGACUACAUGCCGGUUUACUUCCACCGCUGGCUGCAGGAGCCUGGACGCGUUACUUUCAUAGCUCGGAAGAACAACAGAGUGGUGGCGCUGGAGUCUGCUCUGCUCAUAGAUGGGGGUCAGACAGCUGUAUUUCAGGGUCUCAGGGUGGUCCCGGACUUAAGAGGUCACGGCAUCGCUGACGCCCUCCAGAAGCACGUCACAGACUACAUCCACCAGCAUUACCCACAAGUCUCUGCUGUGAGGCUGAGCCGAGCAGUUCAGCCGUCACCUCAGACACUGGCCAAGUACAGACUCGUGGCUAAGGAGGCCGUCGUGUCUCUGCGCUGUGAGGCCGUACACCUCCAAGCGUUUGUUGCUGAACUUGGCUCCAGGCUCCACGGCCACGACACGGUGACUCUGAGCCAGCAGCAGGCCGAGACGCUGAUCCUGAGCGACCACGUGGUUUUCAGCCUGCUGCCCAGUAAAACCAUCAUCAACGACUGGGAGCCUCUGAAGCCCAUGGAGGCCAACAUGGAGGUGCUGCGGCGCCGGCGCUUGACGUGGAUAGUGGACCGUGAGCUGGAGCCGUCAGCCAUCAGCCUGUGCACCACGCCGUACCCUGUCCCCUACCGCCACGAUGCCCUGCACUUCAACAUCAACAUCUUCAGCCACAGCGUUUCCUCGGCCUGUGCUGUGUUUGUGGCUCAGCUUGAGUCGCUGCUGCCCAGACUCCAAGGUCUGCUGAUCUUCCACACCUUUGUGCACCCUGAGGUCUGGUCUGGGCUGCGGCAGUUCUGUCAGAACAAUGCCGGCGUCUCUUUCUUCAAGGACUACUGGGAGGAGGUUAUCCUGGAGAGGGACCUCUGAGGUGCAUCACUGGCAUCUUUUGCAGGUUCCAGGUCCUGGCUCUCAGAUGUCAGAUGUUCCUCUGUUCAGUUCCAAAGGUUUUAACAGAUUAAGGAUUCUUGUUUGGACUGUAAUACACCAAGCUGUUUUUACACCUCAACAUUAGAAGGCAAAUGAUUUGCUACAGCAUUUAAUGGUUGCACUCAAACUUUCCACCUAUUGUCCUUUUGUUUCUCUUCAUGUGAUAAUUAAUGUCACCUUUGGAUUUUUAUGUGAUAAUGACUGUAAUAAAUCACUCAAGUCAGAUGCAGCUUCCACCUCAGAGAUAAGUGGUCUGCAGUGAAACAUGAGAGCUUUAUGUUUAAUUACAACAUCAUGAUUUCUUUAAGUUGUACCACCAGAUUCUUCCACGUUUGUCUGACUUCUUGCCAAUAAAAGUGAUUUGAUCAAAUUGG